UCAACCUAACAUGAAUCAACAAGAAACAAGGAAAAACACAGCAAAUGCUUGUGAUGAAUGUGUAAAGUCGAAAAGAAAAUGUGAAUCGAGUUUUCCACAGAUAUGUAAAAGGUGUACUGAUAAGAAUUUGGCAUGUACCUAUUCCCAUUAUAAAAAAAAACGUGGUCCAAAGCCGAAUAAAGUUACAGAAAAAAAUAUUAUUUUAUCUAUUUUCAAGCCUGAAAACUUCGAAUUUAUUGAGGUUGGUGAUAAAAAAUAUGCACAAGUCGAACUUACGCAAGAUACUACAUCGAAUGAUACUACAUCAAAUAUUAGACCCCACUCCCAUUUCCCAGAUUUGUAUUACCAGAUAAAUAACAGAGUACCAGACGCUCACGCACAUAACAGCUUUCAAAACAAUUAUCCUGCCGAAUCAGGCAGCAAUACAUACGAUUAUCAAUCACCUUUGCAACCUCACUUUCCGGAUACACUCGAUUAUUGCGUUAUUUUCCCAACACCCCCUAAUCAGUGGGUUUAA